GGUCGCGCUCCUAUGAAAUGUCAACGCUGAUAGCAGCACAAAAAUAUUUCUUUUCUACAUUUGACCGGCUUAUUGCUCGUAUCUAGAUCCCGUAUUAAAAUCCAACUUUAUUUCCACAAUCAUAACCAUGGACGAUAAUUUCUACGCCUCAACACUCGAUUCAACCAACAAAUCCGUCAAAUGGGACGUUGUCGGUGAUACAAAAGAAUUCCCAAAUCCAUUCUACAAAUUGAUCAUUCGCCAGUUUUUGCUCGGCCAUACGGCCAAAGAGAAUGAAUACAAUGUCGUUGAAAUUGAAACGUCAUCGAUGAGUGAAUCGAAACCAAAUCAAAUCAAAGUACCAGUAGCUGUAUUGAAAGCCGGCGAAACACGUUCCAUCCAAACAGUUUUGGAAUUUCCCGAUCCACCAGUUACAUUCAAAUUGGUUGAAGGCAACGGACCCGUUUACAUUCAUGGCCAACAAGUACCAGGAAACUACGAAAUUGAAGACUCCACCGAGCUGUCGGGCGAAGAAGAAGAGGAGGAAGACGAAGAAGAUGCCAAGGUGUCGAUUUCAAAGGCAAAGAACGCCAAAAACGGCAAGAAGAACUGAUUCACCAAAUCUUUUAGCAAAAUCAGUCCAAUUGCUGUGAUAGCUUCACAACAAAGACGCUCACAUAUGCUAGGCAUAUUCGACAAAUUCAACUGUUGUUAUACACAGUUCCAACCAACAACAGCUACACACUUUGGCAUUCAGCCCUGUAAAUCUAUCAUAAAUCAAAUAAAUUUACAUUAAGUUUGAGAUUAAA